CCGCCCCCGCUCCGACCAAUGCUGGUUCCGCCGCUUCCUAUCCUCCGCCGCCGCCUCCGACCCCCGCUGGGCCCACUUCUUCCGCAUGUCGGAGCCCUCCUUCACCCUCCUCCUCCGCCUCCUCACCCCCUCCCUCGACUCCGCCGUCGUUUCCGUCGCCCCCACCCACGUCCUCGCCGCUGCCCUCUUCCGCCUCGCCCACGGCGCCCCCUACAAGUCCCUCGCCCGCCGCUUCGGCUUCGACUCCUCCGCCGACGCCUGCCGCGCCUUCUUCACCGUCUGCCACUCCAUCAAUCUCAAAUUGGGCCACCUCUUCGAGCUCCGAUCCGACUCUGAUAGGGUCCGGACCGACUUCGGCUGGCUCUCGCUGCCGAAUUGCUGUGGCGUCCUCGGCUUCGGGAGAUUCAAAGUCUCCGGCGAGAUUUUGGGACAAAACGGCUCUCUAUUAGCCCAAGCGUUGGUGGAUUCCGAAGGGAGAUUCCUCGACGUCUCGGCGGGUUGGCCGAGCAAUCUGAAACCGGAGACGAUUUUGCACCAGACGAAGCUCUAUUUGGGAGUGGAGGAAGCUAGGGAUUUGUUGAGCGGGCCUUGUUAUGAGCUCAGCGAUGGAAGAUCGAUUCGUCAGUACGUGUUGGGGGAUUCUUGUUUUCCUCUAUUGCCAUGGCUUCUGACGCCUUAUGCGAAACCAAAGGAAGGCGAUGGAGAUGGAGGCCUUAUUUCGGAAGAAAUGGCGUUCAAUGCGGCGCAUAGACGGGCGAUCGGGCUGGUUGGGAUGGCGUUCGGGAGAGUACGGAGGCGGUGGCGACUCCUGGCGAAGGAGUGGAAGGAGGAGUGUGUUGAGUUAUUGCCGUUUGUGGUUGUAACUUGCUGUUUGCUGCAUAAUUUUGUUAUGAAAUGUAGUGAGCCUAAUGUGGAGGCAUAUUUGGUGCCAUUGAGAGAGGGAGAAGAAGAGGAAGAAGAGAAGUUUCCUGUUUUUGAUGGAGACAUGAGUGAGAGUGGAGAGAAGGUCAGGGAUGCACUUGCCGCGCAUUUAAAUCGGGUUUGCCUGAGAAGAUGAGUGUUUUCCCUCUGCAUUAUAUUUUUAAGGUUCGAGUCAGUUUUACUGCGAUGGGACGGGGAAUGCAUAUACCCUGUGGACCGGAUUAUCUAACUACGUCACUCUCUAUUUUUAUAACUUUUUUUUUUUUUCUUUCUUUUCAGUUGACUGUGGCUAAUUUUAUUGUUGGAUUAGUCUUUAAAAGGCUUUGCUUUCAACUGGGUAUGCGUGUGUGUGUGUGAUUUUGAAUGCAAGUUUUGAUGUACGUAAAAAAAGAAGAGCUGACACGAAGAAGGUUUGGGCCUUAGGCAACUGAUGUUAUUGUCUGUCUAAUUUAGCAAUUUACUGAUUUAGUAUAAGAAAUACUAUUAGUCAGUCUACUUUAUUUGUCUUGUACUUGUACUUAAGUUUUGUUAUCUAGCAAAUGAAGAGUGGCAAAUGAAGAAGUAACAGAACAAGGUUUCUCGCUA